AUGAAGACUAAGAACUUAUGGUCACUAUUGGGGGCAUGUGCCGCUCUGGCAAAUGCUCAACUGGUCACCCCGGCUGUUCUGACGUCUGAUGGAGGGCCUGACUGGACCGAUGCCAACGGGCUUGCUCGGACGCCUCCUAUGGGCUGGUCGUCAUGGAAUCAAUUUGGUGAUCAGAUCAAUGAGCAAUUGAUCCGAGAAACCAUCGAUGCACUGGAGAGCACUGGACUCCGAGAUGCGGGCUAUCGAUUUGUGAACUUGGAUGACGGGUGGCAAGCCCAUAGAGGAAAACGGUCAAACCAUCCUCUCGAGUAUGACUCGGUCAAAUUCCCCAAUGGUAUCAAGGCAGUGGUGGAUUAUGCUCAUUCGAAAGGGUUCAAAAUGGGCAUAUACUCUGGACCCGGGGAGAAGACUUGCGCUGGAUACACAGGCAGCAUCGACCAUGAACAGGAGGAUGCUGAGAUGUUUGCCAGUUGGGGAAUUGACCAUCUGAAAUAUGAUGCUUGUUGUUCACACCAGAAUGCAUCAAUCCCGGCAGUUCAGAAGGUCUUUCGCACCAUGUCGGAGGCUCUUCUGAACUCCAGCCGGCCAAUCGUAUACCAUACCUGCCAUUGUGGAUGGGCAGAUAUCUGGCAAUGGGCUGCGUCCGUUGGUGCCAAUCACUGGCGUAUCGGUCAAGACAUUCCAGAUGACUUCAACUACCCUGGAAACCGGGAGAAGUAUUAUUUCGAUGUACUGGACAUGAUCGACCGUGGUAACGAAUUGACCGCAUAUUCCGCACCUGGACAUUUCAACGACUUUGACAUGUUAAUUGUCGGACUGAAUGGGAAAAGUCAGGAACUAGUCGGAACAGGAUGUUCCAAUGUGGAGUAUAGGACACAUUUCAGCUUGUGGUCAAUACUGUCCUCUCCAUUACUCAUUGGAGCCGACGUGAGGAAUCUCGACAGUGACUCACUCAAAACAUUGCUGAACAAGGAUGUCAUUGCGCUCAAUCAAGACGUCGCUGGGAAUCAAGCAGCUUUAGUCCAGGAUGUUGGGAACGUCCAGGUUUACGCUAAGGAGCUCAAUGAUAGCAGCUGGGGGAUUGCUUUGCUGAACCGUGGCUCGGAAACGGCGGAUAUCACGUUUAGCCCACGGCGAGAUCUUAUCAUCACUUGGGAUCGGUAUUUCUUGCGAGAUCUAUGGAAGUCAGAGGGGAAUGAGUCAGACUUCACUUUAUACAACAUUCCAUUCACCACAGAGGUCAUGCCACACGAAGCAAAAGUGUACAGGAUUUCGCAGCCACCUGAGGAUGUAUCUCCGCCAGAUAUCGAGUGA